CACUCACUCCUUCUUCUCAAUCUUUUCAUAAUCUUCGCUCUUUGAAAUUCAAUUUCUUCUUCUCCGAUCGGAAAAUGAGUUCCACCGGUACUACCAAGGGCGGAAGAGGCAAGCCAAAGGCUGCCAAAUCAGUUUCUAGAUCAUCUAAAGCCGGUCUUCAAUUUCCCGUCGGAAGAAUCGCAAGAUUCCUCAAGGCUGGUAAAUACGCCGAACGUGUCGGUGCCGGUGCUCCGGUCUAUCUCUCCGCCGUCCUUGAGUAUCUCGCUGCUGAGGUUUUGGAAUUGGCUGGUAACGCUGCUAGGGAUAACAAGAAGAAUCGUAUUGUUCCAAGACACAUUCAGCUUGCAGUGAGGAACGAUGAAGAACUUAGCAAGCUUUUGGGAGCAGUAACCAUUGCUAAUGGUGGUGUUUUGCCUAAUAUUCAUCAGACUCUGCUCCCUAAGAAGACUGGAAAGGGAAAAGGAGAUAUAGGAUCUGCUUCUCAAGAAUUUUAGGGUUUAUGAGUUCUGUUCCGAAUAGAUCUUAGUUUAUUUUACUGCAGUUGUAACAUAAAUGUUUAAUUUCUAGUUGAUUACUUUUAUUAUUGAAAGGAUAAAGUUUUACCAAUGGAUUUGUUUGUUUUAAUAUAUCAUGUGUGAUAA